GAGAGGACCCAGGGACGCCGUAGGAUCCCAUCGCCCCCCCCCCCCCAUUUUUCAGUUUCUCUCCUUGUGCUCCCUGUUUCCCCCCUGUGUGGCAGAGACAAUGCUACUUCAGUUCGGAGCAGAGACAUAUGACCAACACAUGGAAAUGUGGUAAUUUGGAUCUGUUCGUGAUUGCAACAGAUUGAAGAAAUUAGACCAGACAAAGAGUGUUUUUAGAGGAAGAGGAGGAGGCAGAGAGAGGGAGGGUGACAGGGUGAGAAAGGGGAGGAGGACCCCCUCCGCGCAGGGGACACCGCAUCCCGAGCCUGCCUGCCGUAAAUACAUCCGUAGGAAUGGAGAGAGAUCGAAUCACAGCCUUAAAGAGAUCGUUUGAAGUCGAGGAGAUUGAGCCACCCAACUCCACGCCACCCCGGAGGGUCCAGACACCUCUGCUCCGAUCCACGGUGGCCAGCUCCAGCCAGAAAUUCCAGGACCUGGGCGUGAAGAACUCGGAGCCUGCUUCUCGCCUGGUAGACUCCCUGAGCCAGCGCUCCCCCAAGCCAUCCCUACGGAGGGUGGAGCUGGCAGGGCCCAAGGCAUCGGAGCCUAUGUCUCGCCGCACCGAGCUCUCCAUCGACAUCUCCUCCAAGCAGGUGGAGAGCACAGGCUCAGCUGCCGGGCCCUCGAGGUUCGGGCUUAAGAGGGCUGAAGUCCUGGGCCAUAAGACACCAGAGCCAGCUCCUCGGAGGACGGAGAUCACCUUAGUCAAGCCUCAGGAGUCAGUGCACCGCAGGGUGGAGACCCCUGUCGCCAAGAUCCCCGAGGUCCCUGCUGCGCCUGUCGCUGAUGCAGCCCCCAAGAGGGUAGAGAUCCAGAUGCCCAAGCCAGCCGAGGCAGCCAACUGCCCACUCCCGCCCCAGGCCCUGGAGAACUCCGAGGCACCAAUGUCUCAGCUGCAGAGCCGGCUGGAGCCCAGGCCCCCUGUGGCUGAGGUCCCAUACCGGAACCAGGAGGGCUCCGAAGUGGCUCCCAGCGGUGUUGGCGACAUGGCUGACAGCCCUAGAGAUGCCAUGCUCAAGCAAGCACCCGUGUCACGGAAUGAGAAGGCCCCCGUGGACUUUGGCUAUGUGGGGAUCGACUCCAUCCUGGAGCAGAUGCGCAGGAAGGCCAUGAAACAGGGGUUCGAGUUCAACAUCAUGGUGGUUGGGCAGAGUGGCCUCGGGAAGUCCACCUUAAUCAACACCCUCUUCAAGUCCAAAAUCAGCCGGAAGUCGGUGCAGCCCACCUCGGAGGAACGUAUCCCCAAGACGAUCGAAAUCAAGUCCAUUACCCACGAUAUCGAGGAAAAGGGGGUCCGGAUGAAGCUGACAGUGAUCGACACCCCAGGCUUCGGAGACCACAUCAACAAUGAGAACUGCUGGCAGCCUAUUAUGAAGUUCAUCAACGACCAGUACGAGAAGUACCUGCAGGAGGAGGUCAACAUCAACAGGAAGAAACGCAUACCCGACACCCGCGUCCACUGCUGCCUCUACUUCAUCCCGGCCACCGGCCACUCGCUUAGGCCCCUGGACAUUGAAUUCAUGAAGCGCCUGAGCAAGGUGGUCAACAUUGUCCCCGUCAUCGCCAAGGCUGACACGCUCACCCUGGAGGAGAGGGUUUACUUCAAACAACGGAUUACUGCAGACCUACUGUCCAAUGGCAUUGAUGUGUACCCCCAGAAGGAGUUUGAUGAGGACUCAGAGGAUCGAAUGGUGAAUGAGAAGUUCCGGGAGAUGAUCCCGUUUGCUGUGGUGGGCAGCGACCAUGAGUAUCAAGUCAAUGGCAAGAGGAUUCUGGGAAGGAAGACGAAAUGGGGCACCAUUGAAGUUGAGAACACCACUCACUGUGAAUUUGCCUACCUGCGGGAUCUCCUCAUUAGGACACACAUGCAGAACAUCAAAGACAUCACUAGCAGCAUCCACUUUGAAGCCUACCGUGUGAAACGCCUCAACGAGGGCAACAGCGCCAUGGCCAACGGGGUUGAGGAGAAGGAGCCAGAAGCCCAGGAGAUGUAGACGCUAUCCCGCCCCUGGACCCCACCCUCAAAUCCCCCGGCCCACCCACCUACCCCGUCUUAUUUUAUAUAAUUGUCUCCAUUUGUCACCCGCCUCCUUCCCUUUCCACACUCUGUCCAGUAACAAGAGAGGGCUUAUCUUCCAAGUGUGCUCUUAUUGGCUGCAGCUGCUGGGUGGGCGGGGCUACAACCUGGGCUUGUCUCUUGUGUCCUGUUCCCUCCCCUUGCUGGGGAGGUUAGACCAGGCUCAGUCCCUCCUGAAGGGUUAGAAGAGCUGUGUGUCCAUGCCCGCUCUUGAGUUUUGAGCUGAAGCCUGUAGGGACCGAAUCCUAGGGGUUGCAGAGGAGCCCCUUAAGCCACAAGUUCCCAUGGCCACAGCCUCAAAAGCAGGCUGUACCCAGGGGAGGAUGGAGCUGGCCAGGUAGUCCUGGAUCCCCACCUGUCCCCCCACGAGCUAGCAUGGGUUAUUGGUCACAACGCCCUCAGCUGCCCGCUCCCCAAGGAAGCAAAAGACUUCCACAAGCAACGUUGCCAAUCACCUAGACAUAGUGACAACCACGCCCCUUCUCCCUCUAGCUUGUCCCAGAGCAGAAAGUGCCUUGAUCCACAAGAGCCAGGCCCCUCUUCCCAGAUGCCCCUCUGGAGGAAAUGCAGGGAAGCGCUGGAGAGAAGUCGUCUCUUCUCCCUCCUCGGCAUCUCCUUCCCCCGUGCUGUAGACUCUGCUACUGCACAGGGCUCUAACUAUGAAAACAAAGCACGAAAGACGUUCCCACCCCCACUCCCAGCUUUAGAAAGGUCCGAGCAAACUCGUGGAGCUGAGAGACAGAACUGAGGGGAAGGAAGGCAGAAACGUGCAUGGGAGCUGUUCUGCCGGCAGGUGCCUGGGGAAAGUAUCUGUCUGGUCCUGGGUUUGGCUGGAUUUGCUCUGGCUACAUUGUUGCCCAGUUGCCUCACCCCACCCCACCCCCACACAAUACUGCUCAGGCUCAAGCCUUGAUUCAGUGACUGCGCUGGGUGGGAGCCAGGAAAACCCGACCACUUGGCUGUCUCCAUGCGCCUAGACCGCUGUGUCCCAGAACGCAUCAUAACCCGCCAAGGACGUCAGAGAUGGAUAGCCAGACCACAGGGCAAAGGUUUCAUAGCAGGGCCAGACUCCCUCGUCUUCUCUCAGAGAAGUGUUAGGGACCAUCCAUGCACCGCUGACCAAAGCCAUGCCCGUUCUGCUUUCUUGUCCUGUCUCUGGGAGGAAUUUGGUGAGUGUAGACAGGUUGGACCGGCUUGGGGAAGGUGCCGCUACAGACCCUGGGCUAGCUUGCAGCCUGCAAGUGGGGUGGGAGGGAUGGGGUGCUCAUGGGUCCCUGUUUUGGGUGUCUACUCCCCCACCCAGGCGUGGGAGGCCCCUCAUCGAGCCCUGUAGCCGAACAGUACGCUUGCCAGCUUGCCAAGUUCUUUUGCCAAAAAUCAGGACUUUGAAGGAAAUCUUCAGCAUGCUGGACCCCAGGCACCUCAGCCUUCCCCAGCCCCAGUGUCCCUGGGGACUUAGCAACAGCCCAGUGUCGUCAAUCAGGAUGACACCGUGCCUCUGUAACCAGCCACGGAAAACUGUUCUUCUCACCAGGCUGUUCCACACGGCCUUUCCCUGGGGGUCUCCUCGGGGUUGGGGGUGUCUCUUUUUGUAUAAAUAACAAAGUGUCGAAAUGUAUUUCCUGAAAUAAAUGUUUCAAAUACAAA